AGUCAUUCGAUUGUUACAUACGCUAGUGGCAAAAUGUAUAAUAAGUACGUAGUUUUUUUCGUGUCUAUGAAUGUGGUUAUCUCGAUUUGUAACCCAAUCUCCCGGUUGAAGCGACAACUUUUCAGUCCUCCGGAAGGAUGCACAGUUUCUCAUCAAGAAAUCGAAGAAUUAAUAACUCUCACCAAAAAUUUGAAUGCCGCUGUGGAAGGUUCCCUAAUUGCCACCCGAUCAGGGUUCGAUGAGGUUGAGAGUAACCGGGACAAAUGUGCAAAAAAAUUGUCCCAAUUUCGUGAAACAGUGCAGGGAAUAAUUCAAAUCUACAAAUCAGUUAGUCGGGGCACCGUGGACAAUGUGCAAUUUGACCGAGAAAAAGCUCGUUAUCAAACGGAUAUACAACGCCUUUUACAAAGAAUCGACAACCUCAAGAGAGACGUUGAGGAUAGUUAUCGAAGUGAAGUGGAAAGUUUGCGCAACAAUAUGCAAAAUUUCAAGGUGCAGGUUGAUGAUAAUCUGAAAUUGCUGGAAGAAGAAAAAAGCAAGUCUAAAUCUGCGUGGGUACAACUCUGUAUUGCAAAUAUAAGGGCAGGUAGAAUCGACGAUGCUACGAAAGGUUUCACUAACAUAGAUAAGCCUUCAUAUCAAAAAAUCAUUACGGAGGUGUAUGAGAACAGACCAGAGAAUGCAGAUUCAGUGAUGAAUUUUCUGGAGGCCGUAGACUUGUACCAUGAGCCCAUAACUGGCUAUGAAAUAUUGUAUGAUUAUAUGAAGAGGAACAAUCAGCUGAACGGAUCAAGAGGUCGACGGCUGCUAACUCAUAUUAUGGCCUUAAUUGCAGCGGACGAUGAAAAUUCGACUCGGGCAAUCAAUUUAUUGAGUACAUUUAAAAGCGAUGUGUGACUUCGUCAUCUUUUAGUGCGUGUGACAUACAAUUAUCGCAAAUAUAUAACUCGAACUCACAAAUAAAGUAAUAACUUGCUGAUGACUUUA